AAAACGAUCUGUUUUAUGAUUAACACUUUUAUUUAUGGUUAUAUCGUAUAUUUUUAUUCGUAUAUAAGUCUGAUAUGACUACUUUGCGUCAGUAAAGUGAAUCAAUAUUUACGCUUUUGUUAAAUUCUAGUACCGUAGUUAAAAUGUUAGGCUACUACUGCACGUUACCUUUCCACCAGCUGUCUUUUACUGAUGAAUGCUAUGAAACAGGAAUGCUGUUAUAUAUUGCAGCCGAUUAAUGCUUCCAAGUUAUGUUUGGAUUACCUAUGAAACAGGUUCAAAUGUCCACUCAGGGCUAUAAGAGGACAAGUUUUGAUGAGGAUGAUUAUGCCUCAAAUGGCGGUACCCCACCACCAAUGGACUUCCCAACUAGUAUAGCAUUUAAAGGGAAUAAUCUCAGUCUCAUCUCAUGGAAGCACCGAACAGUCCAAGAGAAAGUUCUACUAGUACUAGUUGCCAUUUUGACUACUGUCAUUGUCACACUGGCGGGUGUUUUGGCUUUGAAAGAUUCAGUGAUUAAAGAUCUUAAUACUCAAGCCAAAAAGUAUUGCAUGACACCAGAAUGUGUGAAAAUUGCCAGUACGUUGUUGACAGCAAUGGAUAAAAAUGUUGAUCCUUGUGAAGAUUUUUAUCAGUAUGCCUGUGGAGGCUGGAUGAAAAAUAACCCAAUACCUCCUGGUCAUGCUAGAUGGGGCACAUUUGAACUAAUGGCUCAGAGAAAUAAUCUUGUGAUGAAAAAUGCAAUAGACAAACCCGAUGCAUCAUUUAACAGUUCAUCUGAGUUAAAAGCCAAAAAGUAUUUUCUCUCCUGCAUGGAUGAAAACAAGCUGAUAGAGAAAGCAGGGGCUCAGCCUCUUUUAAAUUUAGUGAACGAGCUGGGCUGGGGCAUCAAUAUUAGUGCAUGGGAUGAGGACUGGGAUCUGCCCAAAGAUUGGAAUUUAAAUUUAAUGAUUGAAAAAAUGCACUUGUUAAAUGUUGUAUCAUUUUUCUCUGUGUGGGUAGCAGAAGAUGAUAAAAAUUCCAGUACAAAUAUACUACAGAUUGAUCAAGGGGGAUUGGGUCUACCAGAAAGGGACUACUAUCUUAAUAAAUCUAUUUCUGAAGACAAGGUGUUGUCAGCAUAUCUGAAAUACAUGGUUGAUGUUUUUCAAUUGUUAGGUGCACCUAAUGAAACAUUUACAAAGCAGAGUAUGAUUGAAGUUAUAGAACUGGAGACUGAAAUAGCCAAUAUAACUGUUCCACAAGAGCAAAGAAGGGAGGAAACAAAGAUCUAUCAUCGUUAUGACCUAGCAAAUAUGACCCGAGCUUUUCCACAGAUACAAUGGGUCCAUCUGAUUAACCAUCUUUUAAGUGAGGUUAAUAUGUCUGUUCUACCUACUGAAGUAGUCGUCGUUUAUGCUCCAGAGUUUCUUUCAAAACUUGACAGUAUACUUCUCUCUUAUAGUUCAACAGAGAAAGGAAAAAAGAUCCUCACCAACUACAUGUUGUGGCAUGUAGUUAGUGACUUUGCAAGUUUGCUAUCUAAGCCAUUUCGGGAUGCAAAAAAAGAACUAUCAGAAACUAUGACUGGUUUGACUGGUAAUGAUGAUGCCUGGCAUAUUUGUAUAACUGAUACAGACUCAGUUUUAGGCUUUGCACUUGGAGCUCUCUUUGUUCGAGAAACAUUUAUAGGCGGAAGUAAAGCAAAGGUAACGGCAAAUGAAAUGAUAGAAAAUGUACGAUCUGCCUUUAUUAACAACCUACCAGACUUGGACUGGAUGGACCCAAUCACACGAGAAGCUGCAAUUGAUAAGGCAAAUGCUGUUACUGACAUGAUUGGUUAUCCUGAUUAUAUAAUGAAUUCAACUGAGCUAGAUAAAAAAUAUGAAAUAUUAAAUAUAAAUGAGUCAGAUUACUUUGGUAAUAACUUGGCCUCAAACCGCUAUGGAUUUAUACGUACUUUUGAAAAGCUGAGGAAAAAACCACUAAAUGAAUGGGUUAUGUCUCCACAAACAGUGAAUGCCUAUUACACAGCAAGCAAGAAUACAAUUGUUUUUCCAGCAGGAAUUUUACAAGCUCCUUUCUUUGAUAGAAGUUUUCCACAAUCUCUUAACUACGGUGCUAUGGGUGUUGUUAUGGGGCAUGAACUAACCCAUGGUUUUGAUGAUCAAGGCAGAGAAUAUGAUAAACAUGGCAACCUGAAACCAUGGUGGGAUCCAGCAGCCGUCAAUAGAUUUAAGAAUAAAACACAGUGUAUGAUAGACCAGUAUAGUCAGUAUCAGCUAAAUGGGGAGCAUGAAAGGGGAAAGCAAACUCUUGGAGAAAAUAUUGCAGACAAUGGAGGUCUUAAAUCAGCUUAUCAUGCUUACAAAAAGUGGGUGAAAGAGAAUGGUCAGGAGCAACUUCUUCCAGCUUUAGGCAUGAGUCAUGAGCAACUUUUUUUUCUGUCAUUUGCUCAGGUCUGGUGUUGGAACAGCAAACCUGAGACAGAUCACAUGCAGUUUUUGACUGAUCCUCACUCUCCAGCUAAAUUCAGAGUCAUUGGCCCCUUAUCAAACUCUCCAGAUUUUGCCAAGGUGUUCAAGUGCAGUAGCAAUGCCAAAAUGAAUCCCAAAAAGAAAUGUGAGCUAUGGUAAUGUUGGCUUCUGCUAAUGCAAACAUUAAGUUACAGAAGAGUUAAUUAUUUUAACUAUUUUAACUAGUCUAUGAUAAACAAUAAUCUUUGAUCAUGUGCAUGUUGAUUAAUGAUGCCAUUAGAUGUAGUUUACUUUCCAAUGAUUACAAAGCGACAUAUAUUUAUCACAUAACCACAGUGAUGUACAUUUCUGACUUUAAGAAGCCACUUUUUUCUAAAUACAUCAGAAAAUGUGUGAUUAUAAACUUAAAUAAAAAUGUAUAAACCACAAUAAAAGGCACCUACUUCUCACAGCACACUGACACAUUUCACUCAUGCAUAUUUGUUAGUAUGAACAUAUGCAAAUGUUCGCCUAUACACUAACAGAGUAAAUAUUCAAAAGAGUAUUUCUAAGCUUUCUCAGAAUAAUUGAAGCUAGAGAUGUCAGCUUGUAAAUAGAUUUUAAAAUUAUUUUGAUUAUAAAUUUUCUCACAUGUUGAGGUCAUUUGUGUGUCUAAACCUAACUAUCAUAGUUUUUUUUUUUAAAUUAUGGAUGAUCUUACCUAGAUACUAACACAGGUAUACUAUGAUAUGGUAUCUGCUUUUGAGUGUGUAUCAGGGUAUGUAUGGUGAAAAUAUGUAUAUAUAUAUAUACAUAUAUAUAUAUAUAUAUAUAUAUAUAUAUAUAUAUAUAU